UUGGUCCACAGCGACCGGUGGCCAUGUCCUGGGGGUUGUUCUUUCCUCCUAAGAGCCCCAGGCAAAGCAUGUGCCUCUGAGCAGAGCAAAGCCAGACUGCACUGUGCCACCCCUGCACAGAGCCCAAAACUCCCUUCACAUUGAAGAGUUCUUAUAAAAAAAUAAUCUUGCCAUAUUUUCCAUCGUGGAAGGAUAAAAUCUGGUGUGGGAGGACUGAGAAUCUGACAGAGGAGCCAUUUGCCCUUAGCUCCUGACUCCUGCCCUGGCUCUCAAAGCAUCUCUGCAGCUUUGUGCUCUGGAGGCAGAGUAGCAGCUCCAGCUCUGGACAUCAAGCUGCUGGGGCAGGGGGACAUCAGGACUUAUCCCAUGGCAGCUGCCCAGAUAUCUUUCUGUAACCAGUCACAGCUCCUUCACUUCUGAGAAGAAAUUUUAGGAUGCUCUUCAAUGGUCCUGGGCACCAGAAGUGACUGUGACAUGGUCCGUGCACAUUCCAGGGAGGACAGAAAAGCUUUUUCCUCCACAUUUUCUUUGCUCCUGGGAUGGUACAAUCUGUCCAUCACCAACCCUAACCAUGGUGAUGUUAUUGUACAGGAGAUGUUGCCAUUUUAUUCUAUACUCUUCCAAACCCAGGCACAGCUGGUAGGAUUGCUGCUGGCUGGUAACAAAGACACACACAAAGUUAAUAUUUUGCUAUUCUUUCUCAGAAGCUCCACUUGGCUGCUUUCAGGCCUAAUAUGGUGAUUUCCUUGCCCUUGUGAGAGCUGUUUCUUAAAAAAAACAAAAAACAAAAAACCAACAAAACAACCAGGGGGGUGGGCAGUGGUUUAUUUUUACCUCCAAAUAUACAAAGACGAAUUCCCCUUCUCUAAGAUUCCCUCUUCCUCCUCUUUAAAUGUGUCCCACUGCGUUCAAACCGAGCCAGCAACUCAGUGAUCCCAGAGAUCCCCCCGCCAAAGCAGAUGAGGAGAUGUUAUUUGUACCAGUUUAAGACCAUUAUCAAGGUGCCCAAGGACAGGCUGGCUCUUACCAGUCGGCACAGACACUUUAGCAGGGAGGGGAGACGGUGAGGGAGCCCAGCCUCAAACCCUCCGUGCUUUCUGCAAACCAGUCAUCCCUCCACUGCCAGACUUUGCCGGGCGGAGGCUGCCGGGCGGAGCGCGGGGCUGCGGGGAGCAUCACUCGUGCGGGAUGCUGCCGGGGGGAUCGGUGAUGUCCUCCCCGCUCCCGGCAGCGCCCGCGAUGUGAUUCCUCCCUGCCGGCGGCACCCACACAAAGGCUGAACUCGGCUGGACCUGGAGUACCCAGGCGAGCGCUCCGGCUGCUGCCCACCUCCCCCUGCACCUCCCCGGGAACAUCCAGCAGACGGAUCAAAGCUCAUCUUUUGCCAUGGGAAGGAUUAACUCCGCGGGGAGCAGCGGCGGAGGCUGAGCCUGCGCUCCCGCCACGCAUCGCCUGCUUCGCAGCACGCUCAGGAGUUUCGGAGCCAGCCUCCCGGCAGCUAAUCCCGCUCGCUGCCGGAGCCGGGAGGCUGCCCAGGGCCGGCAGGGUGGAGGGACAGCAGGGAAGAGAGCGGGGAGGAGUGUGCACACACACACACACACACACACGCGGGCAGCAGCACCGGGCAGCGGCACCGGAUCGGCACCGGCGGCUGCGUGCGGGGAGCUCCGCGGGGAGCUCAGCCUGAACACAACGAGCUGGAGCAUCAGGCGAGAGGAUCGGUUCGCUUGGCAAAGUCUUUAAGGAAUCGAUCGGGAGAUGCAGGUAAAAGAAGUUGGUGAAAGCCGAGCUGGAAUGGCCAGGAGCUGCGCUCCGGCGGCCCCGUCACACACCGGGAGCAGCUGAACUUUGUGGGGUCUGAACAUUUUUCUCCUCUGCCAACGCCGUGGGCAGCGCGAACGGGAGAGUCAGGACCGCACCGCACACCUUGCGCCUGACCGAGCCUGGGGCACGGCCAAGCGGGGAUUUCUGUUUCUCCAAGGACCAUCGCCUCUGAAAAUAAAAAGCUGGAGAAGGGCAAUUAAUCUUUCUUUUCCAGAUGACUGAAAAUAUCUGCAGGAUCCUGUCUCUCCGGUUCUCAUCAGUGAGUAGCAUAAGGGAGAGGUGGCUGAUGAACAAAAAUGAUAUCGGUCAAAAUCAUUCCGGCAUCUACUUUUUCCUAAGGAACUUCAUGUCCAUAGGGGUUUUCUGCGGGCAUUUCCAGGAGUGAGAUCGAGGUACCACAGAUGCAUCCCUACCGGAUCAUGUAAGAAUUUGCAAAUGAGAAAUGCACCCCGUCCAGACCUUCUCUGCCCGCUUUGCAGUACAUGGUUUGGUGUAAGCACAGCAAUUCUCACCUCUUUCUCUCCCUUUUAAGUCUCUUGAGCUUGGAGACCUCUUUCCUCAUUGCAAUUAUGAUUAUUUGCAACAUCAGUGCCAUCAAAGAUUGGAGCACUUUCCUUUCCCAAAUCCUCCCCAGCGUUAACAAGACUCUGAACUUGGUACAGCAAGUGGAAGCCACCACCAGCUCGGUGGUGAGUGUCCUCCAGGACCCCGAGCAGGACAACUACCUGUCCAACAGCCAGUCCAUGAACUCCAGCAACUUCACAGCCGGCCUGGACCACUUGUUCCAGUACUCAUACUCGGACAAUGACCAGCUCUACAAGGAGUACAAACCCCCUCCUCGAGACGCCAUCCCCCUGCCCAAGGCUGUCCUCUACCUUCUCAUGGCAGCGCUGGUGGUGGUGGCAGUGGCGUACGCCAUCGUCGGGCAUCUCAUCAAGGACCUCAUUUACGACUUUGUAGACUGGAUCUUUGGCCCCAACCCGGAUGACAACAGCAACAAGAGCGACAUCAACUGCAUCAGCAACAGUGUGAACGAGAUGAGCGAGAUGCCCGAGGCGCCGCGGCACCGGGACCGCCAGCCGCAGGACGUGGUCAUUGCCAUCGGCGAGACUUGUCACCUGCCGCAGCAGACGUGACCGGGGCCACGCCCGGGCCGGGCGGGAUGGAGCAGCGGGACAGACAGCAGGGAUGGACAGCAGGGAUGGAGCAGGAGGGACGGAGCAGCGGGAUGGACAGCAGGGAUGGAGCAGUGAAAGAGAGCAGCAGCCGCCUUGCAGGACCGGGCAGGGAGAGGAAGGGAUGGGCAGAGCCGGCACCGUGCAGCAAAGCCCUUCUUCCCCCGGUUAUUCCAGCCUCUAAGGACCUUGCCGGGGUGGGUGGCAUCACCCCUUCUCCCAGGCUUGUCAGCCCUGUCCUGACAUCUGCCCUUGGGUUUGUGACCUCCUCUUUGUUCCCUGUGAAUAGCAAAAAAGAAAAAGCAAAUGCAAAAUACACCCACCAAACAAGG